UGAGACAUCUACUCUUCUUGCAGUUUUUCGCCAGUGUUUUGUGUUUUAACUUUGACAUAAACAACAUUGAUGAAAUCCGUGCAAACGAGACUAUCAGUUCAUAUUUUGGAUAUGCCUUGGUAUUGCAAAAAGGAAAUCCAGCUUUAUCACCCACGAUAAUAGUUGGGGCACCAGGGCAAGGCUCCAGUACUACUGGUGGAUCUGUGUACUCCUGUGUCAAACAAGGGUCAUGUCUCAAACACAGUUUUACUGCAAGUAGUGCAAACUCCAGAAAUGGAAAUUUUUUGGGAUCUGUCUUAGACGGCGGAGAUAAAUCUGGUGAAUGGCUUAUCGCUUGUGCACCUCGCGUUGUCAAAGCUAUAGGUGAACACAACUAUUUAAAUGGUUGGUGUUUCUUAAAAAGUAACUCCUCGAAUAUCAAAGGAACUUAUAAGGAUUUAAAACCGUUGCAAAAUGCAAAUUCUAUAAGCCAAGAUCCUGUCACACGAUCUUAUUUCUAUGAUUUUGGUUUUGCACAGGCUGGAUUUGAUGUCGAAUAUGUGCAUGAUUCUAAAACCCUACUGUUUGGUGCCCCUGGAGUUAAGAAUUGGAAUGGUGCGUUGGUAGCUCAAACAUCAUAUGGCCUGCAGAUAAUUCCUAGAAAGACUGCUCCGACUUUAACGGAAAACUUUGGAUAUUUAGGAUACGCUAUUACCUCUGCAAGAUUUGAUCUUGAUCACAAAAUUAUUUACUAUGUGGUAGGAUCACCACGAGCUAGUAAUUUGUUGGGAAAUGUCAAAAUUUUUAACGCUGCAGGCAGACUAUUAAUCACCUUGACAAGCGACGAAAUCGGUUCUUAUUAUGGAUCAUCUCUUCUGGCGGCGGACCUGAACAAUGAUCUUAGAGAUGACAUAUUAGUAGGUGCUCCAACGGGAGCUGGCAAUACAUGGGAUGAAGGUUAUGUUUAUUUUUAUAGGAGAACUGAAUUUAAAAUGGCAAACCCAGUAAAACUUGUUGGCAACAGAAAAGCGGGCGCAAGAUUUGGGACCUCAAUCAUGUCUUUAGGUGACAUUGAUCUUGAUUCAUAUAACGACAUUGCAAUUGCUGCACCUUAUGAGGAUGAUGGUGUUGGGGCUGUAUACAUAUAUAUGGGCAGCAAGACGGGCGUACAAACAACUUAUAGUCAGAGAUUGUCGCCUUUGAAUUUCCCUGGAUAUUCUCGAAGUACCAAAGGUUUUGGUCAAGGACUCUCUAAAGGCGUCGACGUAGAUGGCAACGGUCACAAUGAUAUCGCUAUUGGAGCUUACAAAAGCAAUCGUGUAUUUUUAAUAAGAACACUCAGUGUAGUAGAUUACAGACUAACCUUAGAGCCCAAUGUGACAUCGAUAUCCAGCAGCGACAUGAACGUUACGUUUUGCGUAUAUUACACUCAAAGGAGUCCCACAAAGAACUUGAAGACGCUCCAGUUUGGAAUCGAGUUACAACUUGAUUAUAGGGUGCCUGGCAAAUCACAUUUUACUUAUAAUUUUAAUGCAGAGAUAUCCAAAACUUUUUGCAAGUUUCUUAUUGUUACGGUGCAGAAAUCGCCAUUAGACAUAACACCGUUCAAGUUGACGCUUAAAUCGGAAAUUUUCCAAAAAGGCAUAAUUGGCAAAGGAGAAAAUAAAAUAGAAAAGUCUAUCCCAUUUUCUCAUGGAUGCGGGAGUGACAACAUCUGCCAAACACAAAUUCUUUUAGAAACCAUAAGUAAUUUGCCACAUAUAAUACUUGGACUGAAUAAAGAGCUAACUGUUAACGUUUCUGCUGAAAACGUUGGCGAGCCUGGAUAUGCUUGUGAGCUGCACAUGAAUUUUUCGAACGUACUGGAACUGAGAAAUACUAGGGAUUGCAAUUUGGAAAAUAGCACAUAUAUUUGUCCUUUUUCAAACAGAUUUGAGAACGUAUCAAAAACGAUUCAACUAAAAUUUGAUAUAAAAUUAACUAAACCUAGCCUAGAUCGAGUCAAAUACAAUUUUGAGCUGAAAUGCUUAGGGGUGAAUGUGCCGGCCGAUGCGAGCAAGAGUGAGCUAGAGUUGGACAUUAUAUCAAGAAAUUCUCCUUACAUUCAGGGAAGUUCCAGCCCAACCAACUUUUAUUUUACCGACGAAAACUUAGAAACGGAUGUUGAAGUUUCCCAUAACUUUAGAAUUGGUAAUGCUGGACCAUCACCCAUCAAGUUAGAUGUCUUCCUCGUCUUGCCUAUUGUGAAAAGAGACGAAAUAGAUAUUUUUGAUAUCGAUGCAAAGGGGUCUUUAAAUGGAAUCGAGGUUCAAUGUAGCCCCACAAAUAGAACGUUUAAGAUGGAGAAAACAUAUAAUGUCACAACACUGUUGACUGAACCAUUAAAUAGAACCAUAGUGAUCGAUUGUUUCGAAGAAGACGUGGAAUGUCUGGUUCUGUUCUGCGUUGGGGACUAUUUGUACAAGCCCACAGAAAUAGCAGAAUAUAAUGUAAAAAUAACAACGAGAACGGAAUUGUUAGCGGCACACUUUCGAAACGAACUGGCGAAGAAGGACAUCCUGACAUUUGUAUCAUCUGCUUAUAUUUUUAACAAUACCCAUAGAGUGGAGGGACAUGCAGCGACAAUGAUUUAUACUUCAAAGAGCAAACCUGUACCUUUGUGGAUUUACAUAGCAGCUGGAAUACUUGGUAUUAUUCUUCUAGCUCUACUUGUGUUUAUUUUAUAUAAGUGCCACUUCUUCGAUCGAAAUUACAGAGACAAAUUAAACGACGAAAAACUGAUGGAACAAAGAUCGGAUGAUGGCAUGGAUGACAAUAUGGAUCCUGUCACCCUCGAAGAAUUACCUAGUAACUAAGUGUUAAAAUGUAUUGAUAUGGAAUGUGUAGAUAUUAAUAAGUUCAUGUGUUCACUUGCUACUUCUUCAAAAAGAUAGGUAGUAAAUCGCGUAAUUAUAUUAUAUUGGCAUUUCGCACCUACUUCUACUCAACGUUACAAAUUGAAUUUGACAAAUGGAUAUGUUAGUAAUAUGUGUGUGUAUAUGAAAGAUUAACUAAUACAUGUGUAGAUGGAUUUAGUCAAAUUGAUAUAAAUUAUUGAUAUAUUUUUAUAAGAUUAUAGAUUAAAGAUCUGAAUGAAUCUUUCGUCACAAUUGUCAAAUAAACAUUUUCUGCAAUAUUCUGUGACUACGAUAAAAAAAGCAAAGUCGGUGCCAAAGUAACUUUUUCAUUCAGUGAUCGAUCUUUUGUUAUGUUUUAUACUGUGAUUCUUUAUUUUAAUCAAAACGCUUUGUAUGUAUAAUUUUAAUUAGUAGAAACUAUAAGUUUCAAAUUUAGAAAUCUCAUUAAAGUACAUAAUUAAAAAAU